AUGAACCUCGGCUCGGAUAAAAUUCUGCCAGAAGAUUACUUUCUGGCAGAAGAAGGAUCUUUACUGGAAGAAAUGGCAGAGGAAGAUGAAGACAUUGAUUUAUACAAUGAGGUGACGUUUGGAUUAGACCAAGAUUCUGAAGAUGAGGUUUCAAAACCAGUGGAGCCUGAGAAGGAAAAGCCUGAACAGAGAGCUGAGGUGAAGGAUGAAGAAGGGGACUCCUCGGUCAGAUCGCCUGUCAAAGAACAAAAGGAGGAUAAAAAGUGUCGUUUUCAAGAAGUUAAAAUUGUGGUGGAAUCUCAUAAAGACGCAGAACGUUCAGUAGAAAUGCAUGAUAAUCCAGACAGAUCGCACGUGGAAGAUUCUGAUUUGGGAGACCCUGCUGUGAUGAAGGCGUAUCAUGGAAAACCAACAUUAGAGAGUGUGGACAGCGCCGUUGUGGACAGUGGAAUAGGAUCUACUUGGUGUGAAUUUGAUACAGAAUAUGAACUGACCGGGAUGGAUUCAGGACUUUGGGAGGCCUCUCCAAAAGGUUCAGCAGCACUAGCUAACCAGAUUUUGGAGGAUAAAGCAAUCCUUAGAGUUAUGGAUAAGGCUCCUUACCUUCCACCAAUGAACCUGGAUUUCCUGGACUCUCCCAUUAGAGGAUAUAUGUGUUCACCGAGACUCAAAGGCCCGGAGAUGGGUGCGAUGUCUCCUAAGCCUUAUCGGCAGCGCUUCAUGAGGCAGCAAUCUCCACUGGCAGCCCGCCCUAUGCGUCCAUCCUAUCCAUUUACCCCGCCAAGAAGGGGGCAUCCGACUUUUUCACCAAACCAGUCUCCGGGUUUUAUGUCUCAGACUCCCUUUAGACCUAUGUCUCCCAAUGUCAGCACACCAUCCCGUCCUAUGACUCCAAAAAUGGUCCGUAUGCACUUUGGCCCAAUGUCGCCCAGUCCGAGCAUGUCCCCCUUCUUCAGUCCCAUGGGUAACACACUGCAGAGGUUUAAGGUUCCAGGUCAUGUAACACAACUACAUCCUCAGCAUCGCAGAAUACUUAAUCAGCGCCAGAGAACACAAAGUUCUACACGGAAGCAGUGGGACAACAGGCCUGAUCCAUAUGCCAGUCUCAUGUCUCAGAAAGAGAAGGAAUGGGUAAUUAAACUGCAGAUGAUUCAACUGCAAAGUGAAAACCCCCAUUUGGAUGAUUAUUAUUACCAGACUUAUUAUGAGAGGUUGGAGAGAAGGCUGGCUGAGGAAGAGCUUUUGGGGGAACGGAAAAAACGGGAACCCACUAAACUAGUUACUCCUUAUAUACAAAAGGCAGAAACCUAUGAAUCCGUGGUCCACAUUGAAGGUUCCUUGGGACAGGUGGCAGUCUCUACCUGUUACAGCCCCCGAAGAGCAAUUGAUGCUGUCUCAUUUGUUACACCAGAUGAAGAUAUCAAAGCUCUUGGUUACCAGAAGUUGCGGGUUCUCAGACAUGUAGAGAAGUUGUUUGUAAUGUUGCUAGAGAUUGAAGAAAUGGAGAGGAAAAUGCGCCACGUGUCUGGGGAGCAACAUGACCGCUUCCAGCAAAAACUGGACUACAAAGUGCAGAGACUGUACGGCUCCCUAAAGGUCACGGCCUGCAAUCGUGAAGCUGAAACCGAGAACAAGUUCUUGCAGUUGUUAGAAGUGGGGAAAGGCAAGAAGUUAUUGGUGCGCCUGUUUCCAUUCCUGCACAGCGAGCAGGCAGGAGAAGUCCUCCUCGUGGUGGUCCAUCAUUUGUCGUUCCUCAUUAAAAAUGAUGCAGCAGAAAAGUCUCUCCCCAUUUUGUAUGGGCCUCUGACGGGUAUAAUUAAUAGGCUUACGUUCACCGAGCUUAUCGGAGUCAUCCAAGAACUUACCCGACCUUUACCGGACACUCAUGAGAUGCCUCUUACUGUGGCGUUUCAAAACCAGUUCGGAAUAUCCCUGUUAUACUCUUUAUUAAGCCAAGGAGAGCGUCUCCUGUCCUCUGACACGCCAAUGGAACCGUGCAUUGGUGACUUUGAAAAAUGGACAGACACGGUGUUCCUGGUUGCAAAAGAGUUAUCCCAUGUUUCAAAGUCCUCUAUGGUGGAACCACUUUUCUUGCCCAGCAAUUUGCUCUCCCUAUUCUGUCGUUAUCUGGACAAACAGACUAUUCAUAAGCUUGAGGACAAAAUGGAAUGUCCUACAGCGCCCCCAUACACAUCGGUACCUUCGUGAAACAAGGAGAAAUCCAACUUAUUACUUCACUUGCCAUAGGUCUAUGAUGAGUGGAAUUUCCAUUGUCGGAAUUUAAAUAUUUAAUCCUGUUUUAAAGGAAAUUUUGGUUGCAUUAUCUGUUCGGGCGUGGUCAUGGCGUUCAAAUUUUGAUGAACAUGUGCCGCAAAUCUGAACGGUAUAUCGACUUUUUUUUGUUUUGUUUUUUGAAUAUUUGAAUUAAUAUGAUGUAAAAUGGGGGAAGAAAAUUAUGAAUGUAAGUUAUUUUGGUUUGUGUGAAUUAUUUGCACAUUUGCCAUGUACAGCACUUGCAAAAU